AUUUGUCAAUGAAUGUAGUUCGGACUUCGGAGCACGUGUCUUUGUUGAAUAUAAUACUAGCAAAAUGGGUGUUAUACAAAGAAUAAAGAAACCUACAACUCGUAAAGGUAAAAAAGUACUACUGUCAAGGGAGCCAAAGGCAAUCGAGGGUCCUAAGCAAUGUAUUUUUCUUCAAGCCCGUAAUCCUUCAGAAAGAGCAAGAAGAGUUUUGAAGGAUAUCUAUGAUUUAAAAAAGCCUGAUGCAGCAUACCUAAGUAGGAAAAAUGAUUUUGUUCCAUUUGAAGACGCUACACUCAUUGAAAAAUUGUGUUACAAAAAAGAAGCAUCUUUGUUUGGAGUCAGUUCUCACACUAAAAAACGACCACACAAUAUUGUAUUAGGGAGGACUUUUAAUUAUGGUAUAUUAGACAUGAUCGAACUUGGUGCGGACAACUUUAAAGCUAUGUCAGAGUUUCACAACAUGAAAGUAUUGGCUGGAAUAAAACCAUGCUUGCUGUUCAAUGGUCCAGCAUGGGACUUAAAUGAGGAACUUAAGAGGUUAAAGUCCUUGUUCAUAGAUUUCUUCCAUCGGGAAAAGGUUGAAUCUGUUAGACUACAAGGGUUGGAACACGCUCUUAGUUUCACAGCAACUGAUGAGGGCAUGAUAUAUUUUAGAUCCUACAGAAUCCAUUUAAAGAAAAGUGGUCAAAGGACUCCAAGAAUUGAAUUAGAAGAAAUUGGUCCGUCAAUUGAUUUCAAACUGCGAAGAACAAAAUUAGCAUCUGUCGAUUUAUACAAAGAAGCAUGUAGAAUACCUAAAGAAGUUAAACCAGUUACUAAGAAGAAUCUAUCGACAGACGCCUUUGGCACCAAAUUAGGUCGUAUACACAUGGGCAAACAGGACAUUAAGAAGUUACAAACACGUAAAAUGAAGGGAUUAAAAAAGACACCCGAAGAGAAAAAACAGAUGCUUCUAAAGAAAAAACAAGCAAGGAAAGAAGCAAAAAAAGGAAAUUCAAUAAAUGCAUAACUUUUUUUUU